AUGACAUCUAUACAUGUUGGUGAUGUGAUCAAUGAAUCAGGAGUAGGAGGUGGAUAUUGCAAAAGAAUAACAUCUAUACAUAUUGGCGGUGAAGUGAAUGAAUCAGUAGUAGAAGACCAGAGGAUUCACGAGCGCUUAAUGGGCGUAGACGCGAAUAGCUACAAUGUACACUAUUCCGUUCUGAGGCAACGUCCAGCAAACUGA